AUGGUCUCUCUCCAGCUUGGUAGCCCGAGGUGCGACUCGCCACCGAAAGCGUUGCCCCGCACUCCAGAGCUCUCCUCAUCGUCAUCAUAUUCCACUCAAGAGAUGCCCGAGACAACGCCCAUGACUUUCAAGCGACUCCGAUCGUCAUUGGAGCAAAGUUUGAAGACCGCAACACGUUCUAGAGCAAAAGUCUUGCCACCCGUUGAUGACUUCGCAACUGUCUCCGUCAAGGGUAAAGGCAAGGAGAAAGAGCUUGAAGACCACGUUUCUGUGAAAGGGCAGAAGAAGGAUAAGAUCAUGUCUGGCAUGCUGAGGCGAUUGGAAUCCAGGGUGGGACUGCGCAGAACUGCACGAAUGUCGACAUCGACAUCGAUCCCCCUCGACACAAGUCACACCAACGCGAUUGGAGCGACUACUGGCAAUAAUGCGGAUGUAGUCACCAAGUCACGCCAGGCCGGAUUCACGAGUUUUGUUACCCCAUCCCUGCGGCAGGCAUCCGUGUCUUCCCCUGUUCUCCAUCUCUCGUCCCAAAAUUUGCCGUCGGGUCCGUCGCAGCCUGCAGCGAUGGCGCCAUUAACAAAUACAGGCCCUAUCACACCUGCACGCGAUCGUAUGCGGCGCGCCAGUGUUCACCCCAUUAAGUCCAAGGAAAUUAGUGGUCCUCAGCCAUUAGCACCGCGGCGUGACCACCGCAGUGGCGCUGCAACGCCUGACCGUUCUGGUUCAGCCUCCUCUCGGGCAAGUAGAUCUCGUCCAACUCCAGUACUCUCCACACCAAGGGGACGUUUGUCGAUUGACGCACCUAGGCGGAGCCGUGAUUCGUCAAGUCCGCCGGACACCCCGACACCUCUGUCGUCGGGCUCCCUGUCCAGAACGCCCAUAGCUGCAAGUGCAACUCACCUACCUCUUCACAACAAUCCACCUUCCUCUCCCACUCCCAGCCGCGCUGUGAGUCCUGCACGCGCAAGGACACCUCUGAAACAAGUCGUGGCUCCCGCAUCGUAUCAGGGGUUUACUUCUGUAUCUGCAUCCCAUCUUCCCUUGAACUCCUCCGGUCCACCGACGGCAUCAACUCCAGCCCGCACGCCUUCUGUGGAUGCACCAAGGAGACCCUCAGUUGAUGCGCCACGGAGAGGUUCUAUCGGUACUCCACAGAGACCGUCUUUUGAUACCUCCCGAAGACCAUCUGCGGAAGUGCCGCGAAAGGCAUCUGACGAAACCUCUCGGAGAGGCUCCAUUGACGUGUAUCGGCGACCCACCGCCUCCCCUGUGCCUCGAGCAUAUUCCCCUCAGUCCACCGUGCGCCCACGUGCUACAUCACCUUCUCAGCGCACGCCUGCAUGCGCCCAGAAUCGCUUUAAUAUCUCAACUGCUUCCCUUAUCUCUCCUUCCACUCCAGAGCAGCGUGAGGUCAUACGUGCCGCAACUUCGCUUCUGUGCAAGGAAUUACGGAAAGCACCAGCGCAUCUUGCACGCAGUGAUGCACAGAAGGAGUGGGCAGAAGUAGAGGUGCGCUUGCAGCCCUUAAUUAGGCUUGAACGCGUUUGGGGGAAGAGUGGCGGUGCCAGCGCUAGUUCUAGCCAGAUUGCUGUGGGCGGUGUUGGUUCCACUGUACUUAGCUCUGCUGGGGAGGAAAGAGAAAGGAAGCUCUUCUGCGAGGCCCUUCGAGAUGGCGUUGUACUUUGUCAGUUGAUGAAUAAGCAUUGUUCUGGGACCAUAACUCGCAUCGACCACCGUGAAGACGGGUUUAAGCACACCAAUAACAUCACCAGGUUCAUUGCUGCGUGUUCGCAACACGGCGUCCCUUCCGGCGACAUCUUCUAUCGUGAUGACCUCAUCCAGGCGACUCCAGAAACCCUUUGCCGUGUUGCAUGUACCAUCAUUUCGUUGAUCAAGCUUUUUGAAGACCCUGGAGUCGGUCGUGCUAAGGUCAUCACGGGUCAAGGCAGGAAAGGUGCCAUCAUAGCUUCAAGCAACGACCCUCACUCUCCGGCGAUUUCUUGCGCUGCUUCUCCCACACUAGAUCUGUUGCCACGAUCAGUAUCUCCAACUUCUCUUUCCGGUCUGACUCACAGAAUGCAGAGUCCACAUGAACGAUCGCCUCCCCCAGUACGACCUGAUAGUCCGCAAUCGGGAACAUCUGAUGGCACAGCUAAGAGAGUCCCCAUCAUAGAUAGAAGCACGGCACCAGCCAGCAACAGUGAUCAUGAAAUUGACAAGGUUCCCCCUAUCACGCGUCCAUCUCCAACCCCUAGAUCUCCCUUUCGUGGGCACUCUCGAACUGGACUUCCAGAUGAAAUAUCGACCUCACAGGUGUCCAGUCCGUCGGGCUAUGAUGCAGACUAUCCCCCACGACAGUCAAGAACAUCCAGCAAUCUCACUGAUAAUACCGCCCUCUCCAGCAUCUUUGACAUCAGACGGGCGAGCAGCAGCAACCAAAACAAGUUUGGUACCAUCAGGACUUUCACCACUGAGGCGACCUCUUGUUCUGAGGCGCCCUCGUUCACUCGAACCGAGGCUAGCUCGGUGGCAGCAUCCAUGGCAGAAGAGAUGAGCAGGAGACGGGGUGGUGGAGAGCCUACACCUCGGUCGAGGGAGCGACGCCCGAGCGAGCCAGGUAUACUUGAUCUGGUUAGCCUCGCAGAGGAAGAGGAGAACAGUGCAUGUGGGUCGAGUUCCAAUCACCACCAGGGGGAGGGUCUACAGCCUAGGGAACCCUCGCGAGAGCGGGAAACGGAAGCGCAGGUUCGUGUGCGGCUCGGUAAAGGCAAAUGGCCCGACGAUUUUCUGGACGCUUUCAAAGCGCAAACUUCAAGUCCAUCUCGAACAGUCCCGACUGCAACAUCGUCAAACCAUGUAGAUACGCCUCUUGGUUCCAGUCCUCUGUCUGUAUCCCCGACCAGAAAACUUUCCAUUGUUGGGACAUCACGUCACAACGACAGCACAGAGCCCACAGUCCGAAGGCCAUCUCAUCGGUCAACCCAUGGCGCGGAUGUCCUGAUGCCGAAGAAUUCAGUGCUCCGUUUGGAUGCCAGCUCAGAGAAUUCACCAGGCUCCAAAGUUAUUCUGCGUCGUCAGAGUACACGGAAUGGUGCUCGCAGAAAUGGGGUCUACUAUCCUCGUAAUAACACCGACGAUCCUGGGACUGCAAAAGAUGACGAUGCUCAUACUGUCCCCUUCCCACGUGCCGUGUCAGGGGAAUAUGCUGCUCGUUCUACACCAUCUCCCGAUUCUACUGCCAAGGGCGGUGUCACAAAUAACCAGGAUGCUCCCCGUGUGCGUGGUCGUUUCCAGAGUGAUGUUGAAGAUCAUCGAGCUCGAAGAUGCAGUCGUCCGACUUCGCAUGAUGAGUUGGGCAGACCGCGGAGGUCUCGAUAUGAAAGUAUGGUCAAUCUGGGGGUGGCCUCUGCGAACGCAAGUACGAGCGACUUGCUGCCAAGGGACUCCGGUGAUGGAAGCGCUGUACGGCAGACUGUAAUAGUCGAGGAAGAAGGGAAGCCUGCAAUUCAUUUCCAACUCGGGAAUUGCAUCGGCCGCGGACAGUUCGGCACGGUGUAUCGGGCCCUGAAUCUGACAACUGGGCAAAUGGUGGCAGUUAAACGAAUCCGAUUAGAAGGUCUGAAAGAGGACGAAGUUGCCCAGCUCAUGAAGGAGGUGGACUUGAUGAAAAGACUAUCCCAUCCAAGCAUUGUGAAGUAUGAAGGGAUGGCUCGAGAUGACCAAUACCUCAACAUCGUUCUUGAGUAUGCUGAAAGCGGGUCGUUGGGCCAGAUGCUGAAAGCUUUCGGCAAGCUGAACGAGCAUCUUGUGGCGAGCUACGUUGUCAAGAUUCUCGAGGGUUUACAUUACUUGCAUCGUUGUGAUGUUGUCCACUGUGAUCUGAAAGCCGCCAACAUCCUUACUACGAAGACGGGGAAUAUCAAGCUCUCGGAUUUCGGCGUUUCCCUGAACCUGAAGGCUAUAGAACGAGAGAAGGACAUCGCUGGUACUCCGAACUGGAUGGCUCCAGAAGUCAUCGAGCUCAAAGGGGCUUCAACGAAGGCUGACAUCUGGUCGUUGGGAUGUACGGUCGUUGAACUUCUUACUGGACGUCCGCCAUUUGGAGAUAUCACCAACACAAUGACAGUCAUGUUCCGCAUUGUCGAGGACGAGAUGCCAAUCCCUGAAGAAUGCUCCGAACCAUUGAAAGACUUCCUUCAGCAAUGCUUCCAGAAGGAACCCUCGAUGCGACCCGAUGCCGAGCUAUUGUGCGAGCACCCUUGGUUGAAGAAAAAUUGGGAUGCCCUCAAGAAGCUUCGUCCCCAGGAUAGCAUACCUUUUCUCCGGCGUGUUAGCACUGAUCUCAAAAAGACUGACGUUGCAUAUGUUGCAUCUAUGGAUAUAAACAGAAUCGAGUCGCCCUUCUCGGUAGCCUCAGUUCAAGAGGAGACAUCAAAGUCUCCAAGGCGCAGAUUAUCCAGUGGACCGUCUCCGCCAAUCCCGCUUCUGGAGGACACCCCGUUCACCCCCAGGGAUCACUCCUUUAUCAAGACCACCUUCGGGAAACCCAUGGUCUGCAGGGUGUGUAUGGGAAGUGUUAAAAGGAGUGCCGUCAUUUGCGACAAGUGUAAUCUCAUCACUCACUCAAAAUGUGCUCCUGAAGCUCCUCCCACAUGUGACUUCCGCUCUCAACUGUUGCUUUACGCACAAUACGCCGAACAAGGAAGCCCUGUUGGUAUCCCGCUCGAUGGGUCGAAUGGGUUGCAUCCUCCAUCGACGACUAUUCCUUCUGAAGUCUCCUUCGCUACACCUUCUCCACGACCAAGCUCGGACGUCACGCCGUCAUCACAAUCGCCAUCACCCACUCCUCUCAACGCUUACAAGUUUGUGAAUCCUUUCAAACGUUCUCGUUCUUCCCUAGCAAUAGAGAAUAGGUCUCCCCCUUCCGCAUCGGCAUCACCGAUUUCUCAGCCUCUGUCUCACGAUGAUGUCGCUCCCAAGCGAAAACUCCCUAAGCUCCCGUCAAAUAUGAUCUCCGAAGAACGACCUCAUUCAUUGUCAAGUAAUAGUACUGCCCCCAAUGCCGGCAGCAUGGAGACGGCUGAUAGCCAAUCUAGCCGUCAAGAACCUGGUCGUAAAUCCUUCCUUUCGAUAGUUGAGCUUGAUACAGGUACCAUUCCACAACUUGGUCCGCCAGUUCCUGACAAGAAACCCUUUUAUGCCCAUACUAUGACCCCCACUGUCAAUGAUCAUAUGGUCACUUCAUCACGCCACAUUCCGGGCACAAUACCCAACGACCCUGAUCGUCACAAGAAACGGGGAGCCGAGAAAUCAUCAGGGUGCACUGUUCAGUGA